AUGUCAGCCGAUAAUGCCUCCAAGAAGCGAAAGCAGCAAUCUUUCAGCCAGACAGCUUCAUCAAAGAAGCCUCGCACCGAGGGCAAUGCCACCCUCAUAGGCCCGCACGAGGGCGUCCUCAAAGACCUUUCCACGAAACACAAUGUCCUCGCCCUCUCAGUUAUAUCGUCUACACAGAUCCGCAAGCGCGUCUCCAGCGCUACUUCUCACCUCCUCGACAAGACAUCAGAUCCGCGUGCAGUAUUGCUCCAUGCGCGACCCGCGGAUGUGUGCAAGAUGAUUACGGUGGCAGAGCAGUGCAAGAGGACGCUCGGCGAACAGGGGAGGACCUGGUAUCAAUACAACGAACUAUUCGACCUUCCUGCAGAGGCUAAAAAGAGAAAAUCCACUCCCAGUAAGGUAGAUUUGGAGGAGGUGGACGAUGAUGAAUCCGACAGCGACGACAAUGCGUUUGAGACUAUGCAAAACCGAUUCGAGCAAGCUGUGCUGCCGCCUCCACGAGCUCGAGCGUACAAAUCUCUGAGGAUAUUUAUCUCGUCUCAGCCAAUCCCCGACCUCAAAGCAAGGGAAAACGUAACGGUGCAAACGAGCGAGGAUGCAACAUAACAAGCAUUACCACGGAAGGAAAACGAAAGGCUUUAAUUUGGGCUACGCCUACUUGAAUCUGGAGGGCAAUUCUUUUAUAUAUGGAUACAGCAUUAUGAUACCCUAGCUUUUAUAAACAAUCUUAUUAAGCUAAUAAUCAUCUCCAGUCCGAUACCCAGGAAACAUAUGAUACACUAAUUGCAACAGCGCUAAAUACCUUUAGAGAAGCCCUCUUCACCUGGGAUCUUGAUGGACAAGGCCAGCAAAGCUUCACGAUCCGACCUGACAACUCUCAAACAUAGUUUACAUGCACUACGAUCCAGACUACACCUCGGUUUGUUGUUGAUUUUAAAACUCCAUCUCUUAUAAUAGAAAGACCAGCGUUUAGUAGGCGGGGUUGCCCUUUUGCUUCUUCGACUGAUCCAUAAUCCUCAAAACAAAGUUGACAAUAACGGCCAGCAGGAGGAUGAUGGCCAAGAAGGUAGGGCCAAAUCGGUCGUCGAAGCCCGCCUGCCCUCUCACUCGUAUAGACUUUGCUCUCCAGUGAUAUGUGACCAAGGCGUAAAUCAUCGUCAGCAUGGCCACGCCGGUGAAGAGAAAGGCUGAGAUGAAAGACACUCGGUCGCCAAAGUUGAGCAUGCCGAUGGCCAGGGCGCCGAGGAUGACGGUGAAGUUGAGCCAUGACAGAAACGUACGCUCGUUGGCGAAGAAGACCUUGGGCUCGACUCGAGUGGGCAGAGCAAUGCGCUUGCC